AGGAAGGGAGCCUUGUAAUAUGGACGUCUUCAUAUUUAUUGACCAUGUUGUCAAGAAAAAUGCUCAAAAGAACGUUAAAUGUUGUGAUUGGAUUGAGGAGCACAACAAUAUGAAAAAUACAAAGGGUGCAAGUUUGACGUCAGUGCAGCCUAUAGAUGAAGAUUAGGAGGAAGGGGGGGUCGACUUUGAGAUGACAUUGAGGGUGUGUGAUGGGAGUUGAUUCUCUGCUUGUUGAUGUUAGACAGUCGUGUAAGAAGGCAAAGCGGCUGCUGCCCGUGUUGAUUCCGCCAGCUCUUCUUUUUAUUCUGCAUUCUCUUCUUUUCCGUCCUCCUCUUGGUCUUUUCAGCACCGCUCCCCGGCUGGACAGCUCUUGCGCUUUGGACCCCUUGGACGCUGCAUGGUCCCUUUAAGGCUUUUAAUGGAAGUAAAACCGAUUGAUGUUCCAAGACAUAUUGGGAGUUUACAACUUCAUCCACAGGAGGAGGUAUCCACGCAGAUUCGGAGCAGGCUGCGCAUCCUCCACAUUCACGCCACGUCCACUGUUCACGGCGACUGACGAUUCCGUGUGUACGCGGGCUUCUUUUCCCCUGCACGCUCGCUCCAAAGGUUUGGUGCGAAAACCGCGAAGCUGUUGUCUACGUGGACCGGUGCUGAAGCCUCCCGUCCGACUGCCAGGGCCUGUGCCAAAGCCAGAGACAUGGCGACCAACGGCACCAAAACGGAUGGCCAAGUGACGGAACUGAACGAGGUGGCCGCCAAUAAUGACAAGCCCAAGUCGCUGGACGUCAAGCCCGAAAAUAAGAAAAAGGAGUUGCCAGACAGAGAAACGUGGGGAGGGAAAUUUGAUUUUCUCCUGUCGUGUGUGGGUUAUGCAAUCGGACUGGGCAACGUGUGGAGGUUUCCAUAUCUUUGUGGCAAAAACGGCGGAGGGGCCUUCUUGAUUCCCUAUUUUUUGACUCUCAUAUUUGCUGGGAUGCCCUUGUUCCUUCUGGAAUGCUCCUUGGGUCAAUACACUUCAAUCGGAGGGCUCGGUGUGUGGAAACUGGCUCCGAUGUUUAAAGGUGUGGGCCUUGCAGCUGCUGUCCUUUCCUUCUGGCUUAACAUAUACUACAUUGUAAUCAUUUCCUGGGCUAUUUAUUACCUGUACAACUCAUUUACCGCUGAACUACCAUGGAGCUCAUGCAACAAUCUAUGGAACACAGAGAAGUGCUAUACAAAUUACUCCAUUGCAGACACCACCAAUCUCACCAGUGCAGUGGUGGAAUUUUGGGAGCGCAAUGUGCAUGAAAUGACCGAUGGCUUGGAAAAACCGGGCCAGAUUCGGGUGCCACUCGCAAUCACACUGGCCAUCGCAUGGGUCCUCGUCUACUUCUGCAUCUGGAAAGGGGUCAGCUGGACAGGGAAGGUGGUUUACUUCUCGGCGACGUAUCCCUACUUUAUGCUCUUCAUCCUCUUCAUCCGUGGAGUGACUCUGCCUGGGGCAAGAGAGGGAAUUCUGUUCUACAUCACCCCAGAUUUCGAAAAGCUCAAAGCAUCGGAGGUAUGGCUGGACGCCGCAACCCAAAUCUUUUUUUCUUACGGAUUGGGACUGGGCUCACUGAUAGCUCUUGGAAGCUACAACCCAUUCAAUAAUAAUGUUUACAGAGACUCUAUCAUUGUGUGCUGCAUCAACUCAUGCACCAGCAUGUUUGCUGGCUUUGUCAUCUUCUCCAUCGUUGGCUUCAUGGCACACGUGACCAAGAAGGACAUCGCAGACGUAGCGGCUUCAGGUCCCGGCUUAGCUUUUCUGGCCUACCCAGAGGCCGUAACCCAAUUGCCUGUGUCUCCACUGUGGGCUAUUCUGUUCUUCUCCAUGCUGCUCAUGCUGGGGAUAGACAGCCAGUUCUGCACUGUGGAGGGCUUCAUUACUGCUUUAGUAGAUGAAUUUCCCAGAGCGCUCCGAGGCAGACGAGAGAUCUUCAUCGCUGUCGUCUGCCUGGUGUCUUAUGUGAUCGGCCUUUCAAACAUCACGCAGGGAGGGAUUUACGUGUUCAAACUGUUUGACUACUAUUCCGCCAGCGGAAUGUGUCUGCUCUUCUUGGUCUUCUUUGAAUGCAUCUCCAUAUCCUGGUGCUACGGUGUGAACAAGUUCUAUGAGAACAUCGAGGAGAUGAUCGGCUACAAGCCUUGCGUGUGGUGGAAGAUGUGCUGGGUGGUGUUCACCCCUCUCAUUGUCGCUGGGGUGUUCUUGUUCAGCGCCGUACAAAUGGUUCCUCUCACUAUGGGAGAGUACGUGUUCCCAGGCUGGGGUCAGGGAGUGGGCUGGCUCAUGGCACUGUCUUCAAUGGUCCUCAUACCGGGCUACAUGAUUUAUAUGUACCUUGGCCUCAAGGGCACCUACAAAGAGCGACUUCGGAUCAUGCUUCAGCCUCCAGCAGUUGUCAGGCGACCGCAGGAAAACGGACCUGAGCAGCAGUUGGAAACAAACACCGCCAACAUACCCAGCCCCACUAAUCCAGCUAACCCCUCCAGCCCGACCAAUCCAGUCCCCGCCAACCCGGCUCCCGUCAACGCAACCAGCCCCGAAGCGCCUGCGAACCCGGCUCCACCGCCGGCUAACCCUCCGGCUGCCGCCGCUAGCCCUGCGAGCCCAGCAACGAGUCCCACCAUCGUGACCACCAUCACCACAACCGCCACGGCCAUGGCCACGGCCACGGCCAGUCCGGCCAACCCUCCGACAACAACAGUCAGUCCAACGAUCCCUCCCCCGAACCCAGCGAAUCCAACGGAGCCCGUGAACCCGCGGAACCCAGCAAGCGUGACCUCUAACCUGACCACUGCCGAGGCCAACGUGUAGACAACAAAGAAACCCUCUUGGAGCAUGUAGACAAAAGAGAACAUUAUAAAGGACUUAUUUCCAAGAUUUUAAUUGAUUCACCUACCUCCGAGGGCAAUACCUGAUCGAAAUACAAUAGAUUUUCCAACCAUAUUACAUUUUCUUACAUGUUCAAGCCAACGAUGUCCUGUUGUUGAUUUGCAUUCCGAAUAUAUCAAAGACUGUUAGUGUGCACCGGUACAACCAUAAAUCUGACUAUUAAAAAAAAAAAAAAAAAAAAAAAAAAAUCAAAUUAAAUAAACAUACUGUGUAAUACUGUGAGAAAAAAUACAAAUAAAUAGAGAUCUAGAUUAGGAAUAUGUUAAAUAUCUUCAUGAAUUGAGUAAAUACCUGUGUGAAUAUAGUAGAUGAAGUAGUGAACAAAAUUGACAUCGCUGACAACAGCAAGGGCUGUGUCAAUUUUAUCGUGGAUGUUUACUAAAUCUCACACGGUUAUCUCUUUUUCAAAACGUUGCACUCUCCACGGCAAACUGAAGGCCAGAGCGAAGUUGAGGAGCUCGUGAGAAAGCACAAUGCCAAUAAGAAGUUCAUGUUUAGAAGUCAGCUGGAGCAAUCCAGUCAUGUUUUGUGUGAGAGAGACUGUUAUUUUUCCCCUUCCUUUUUUCAGUAAAAAAAACCAAAAAAAACUUUUGUGUGAUGGAAACAUUUUUAGAAUUAUUUUUAGGAGGUUUUAUACUCUAUGUUGUUGAUGUGACGGAGGACCAAAUCAAUAGGCAGACAUGCAAAAACUAUGCCAUUUGAGCAUCUGGUUGGCAGAAGCACAGGGUAUGAAGAGGUACAAAAAAAA